CACUGACCGGAAAAAAGUUCCCUUUACAGCUAUUAGCUAGAUGUUGUUUGGGUAGCACGGCUAUUUUUUUUACUACAAGUGGAGAUUCGUUAUUAAAAUGAAGAAAUCUCACUGUUAGCUUGUCUCCGGAGCAGAGAUGGCUACCGAACAGCAGCCUAACUGGGCGGAUAUUCUUAAGAGGAGGUUAGCAAACUCCAAAAGAGACGAGAAGAGCGAAGAGGAAAAUAAAUCAGAAGAAACGGAGCUUUUCUCCAAAUAUUACACCGAGUGGAAAGGAGGAAGCAACAGUGGCAGCUCCUACAAGACCAUCCCACGGUUCUACUACAGGCUGCCAGCAGAAGAUGAAGUAUUGCUUCAGAAAUUAAGAGAGGAAUCCAGAGCUGUCUUUCUCCAGAGGAAGAGCAGAGAGCUGCUUGAUAAUGAGGAACUGCAGAAUUUGUGGUUUCUGCUCGAUAAGCACCAGGUGCCUCCACUGACUGGAGAAGAGGCCAUGAUCAACUAUGAAGCGUACCUGGAGGUGGGGGAAAAGGCUGGGAGCAAGUGCAAAAAAUUCUUCACAGCCAGAGUUUACGCCAAGCUGCUGCACAGUGACCCUUACGGGCGGAUCUCCAUCAUGCAGUUCUUCAACUAUGUCAUGAGGAAAGUGUGGCUGCAUCAGACCCGGAUAGGCCUGAGUCUGUAUGAUGUGGCUGGACAGGGGUACCUCAGAGAGUCGGAUCUAGAAAAUUACAUCCUGGAGCUGAUCCCCACUCUGCCUCAGCUGGACGGCUUGGAGAAGUCCUUCUACUCUUUCUACGUCUGCACCGCUGUCCGCAAGUUCUUCUUCUUCCUCGACCCACUCCGAACAGGAAAGAUUAAAAUCCAAGACAUCCUGGCCUGCAGUUUUCUGGAUGACUUAUUGGAGCUGAGAGACGAGGAGUUGUCUAAGGAGAGUCAGGACUCCAACUGGUUCUCGGCCCCGUCGGCUCUCCGAGUCUAUGGCCAGUACCUGAACCUGGAUAAGGACCACAAUGGCAUGUUGAGCAAAGAGGAGCUUUCACGUUACGGCACGGCCACACUCACCUCUGUGUUUUUGGAUAGAGUCUUUCAGGAGUGCCUUACCUACGAGGGUGAAAUGGACUAUAAGACCUAUUUAGACUUUGUUUUGGCUCUGGAGAACAGGAAGGAGCCAGCAGCUUUACAGUACAUCUUUAAACUUUUGGACAUGGAGAAUCAAGGACACCUCAACGUCUUCUCCCUCAACUACUUCUUUAGGGCCAUUCAGGAACAGAUCAAGCUGCACGGACAGGAGCCGGUCUCCUUUCAGGAUGUAAAGGAUGAGAUCUUUGACAUGGUGAAGCCUAAAGACCCCUUCAAGAUCACACUGCAGGACCUGGUGAACAGCUGUCAGGGCGACACAGUGGUCAGCAUCCUGAUUGACCUCAACGGUUUCUGGACCUAUGAGAACAGAGAAGUGCUGGUCGCCAACGACAGUGACAGCGGCGGGGUUGGCGGGAGCAGCAUGGCUGACUUUGACGAUACAUGAAGAUGUUUCGGGGUUGAAACGUAAAGAGAAUUUGAUGUUUUACUCCCAAAAAAUGGCAGGACAUUGACCCUUCUCACCCGCACACAUGUGAAGGCCUCGAAGGCUGGAAGACUCUGAAGGAAAAAGGAGGAAUGUGCAAAUGCUGAUCUUUGUGUAAAUACUGAUCUUUUCUCCUACCUGUGAAAUCUAGGUGGGUUUACUACGAAGGUAAUUCAAUAUAGCUUUCUUCAUCUGGUCCUGUGAGGAAGCUGCUGCUUCUUCUUCCUCACAAAAUUUAAAAUGUUCAAAUGGGAAUAAAAUUGAAUAGGAGUAAAUUUAAAAAAUCAAAAGGAAAUAUUAUAAAAUGGUAAAUAAGCACAGCUUUACUAACACCUGGUAAUAAUUUGUUCUCUUUAAUUGACAGUUAAUUUACAUCGAGUAGCUUGUUUACAUUUAAUUUUGGCAUCCUCCGUUAAAAAGACCUGCUGGCUCAUUAAAUUAGCUUCGUAGUAACUCCCUCUGAUUUACAUGUGGGCUCUUUUUUUGUUUUUACUGGAUUUCCUUUGUACGUUUUGUGAAAAAUGCUCCUUUAAAUUUCUACUUUAAAUUAUGAUUUUCUUUAGAACUAAUGUUUUUGUAAAUUUUUGUAAAAUUAAACAUUAAAUGAUAAAUGGACCCCUUUUCCCUUCAGAACUGCCGUAAUUCUCUGUGGUGUAGAUUCAACAAGAUGCUGGAAACAUUCCAUGCUGACAUGACAGCAUCACACAGUUGCUGCAUAUUUGUCGUGAUGUUAACCAUGAAUUAAUCACAAUUUCUUUUUUUCAAAGCUGAGUUCAAUGUUAUUCGUCACACCCAGGCCUGAUUACAAAUUACCUGUUAGUUUGACAAAUAUAACCUGUCUGACAAAAUGAAGUAUGGCUUUAGAGAAAAUAUUCUGUGGCCGGCCGAGACAAAAGAACUUUUACAGUCCUGUUACAUCUGGUUUGCUGUAAUUGAUGAAACAAGAAAAUCUUGAAUGCUCAGCCAUCAGUUCAUGCUCUGAAGCUCAAGCACACAGAUUAUGUGGCAUGACAGUGAUCUGAAACAGACCAGCAAGCCCACCUCUGACUGACUCAAAAACCCAAAAUAAGAAAUAUGGAGUGACCCAAUCAUAAUCUGGGUUUAAAUAAGAAUGAGAUUACUAGAGAUUACCUUAAACAGGCUGUUUAAAAACCUUCCAAUGUGUCUGAAAUGCCAGUUACACGAACACUUGAUUGCAGUUCUUGCCAAGAGUGGCAGAACUAGUGAUCAGGUUUAGGUGACAAUUACUUUUUCACACAGGCACAGGGAUAGUUUUUCACAGCACUGUCUAUAAAAGAAGAAAUAAGUCACACUGUACAAUUUUCAAA